CCUGUAGCCCUCCACACUUCCGUUUCCGGUUUUUCCGCGUCUGUUAUAUAAAAGCAACAAGUCCCCCCAGAAUAAUAUUCAACUUCUACCUGGCAUUCAUCUCACGCAGAUAUCCCAAAUAUUUCAGUCAUAAACAUAUAACAUCGAAGAAACAUAUCAAAAUGGCCAUUGAUAGGAUCGUUGGCACGCUGCUUCGCGUGGGCGAGCUUGCCUUCGCAGCCGUUGUUGCUGGUCUUACCGGCGAAUACCUCCACGAAACUAGAGGCCAGAGUAACUGGUCCAGAAAGCGGUUCAUCUACACCAUAGUCGUCGCAUCGCUGUCCAUAUUCCUCUCACUGCUGUGGCUCCUCCCAUUCUCAGGCGCCUUUAUUCACUGGCCGGUCGACAUCGUUUUCUUCGGUCUCUGGAUUGCCGCCUUCGGUUUGCUCGUCAACUUCAUCGGUCCUCUGAACUGCGGCAGCAUCUUCAACUGGGGCGACAUCACGCAGAAUGGCACUUGUCAGAAGUGGAAGGCCGACGUCGCCUUCUCCUUCCUGUCGGCUAUCUUUUGGCUCGUCAGCGCACUUGUGGGAAUAUGGUUCAUGCGCAAGCACACUCCACGACAUGGCGCUGUUGCUGGUGACGAAAUUCCUGCUCGCAGACGCUGGUACAGACGUUAUUAGGCUGCCCUUCCAUCUUACUUUGCAAGAUCGUAGAUGGCUGGAGACAUAAUCUGUCUGGCUUUGAAACAUUGCUGCUUCUGCGAAUACCCUCAAUCCAAUUUGCUGAAGGCGUUAAUUCUGUUUGUUUGCAAGUGUUUUUGUGCCGUAGUUUUCGAUGCACGGGGUUGCGCUUCAAUUUAAUAUUUUCAUGAGAUAUUGGGCACAGACAAGACAUAAUGAAAUAAAUAUAUCACUUAGUCAAGGCAAUUCUGCACAUGAGCAUUGGUGGUAGCAUAUGAAAAAAAUCGAAC